AUUUCACCGACUAUUUCCCAGUCAAAGAUAAUCUUCUUAGAAAUACUAGUUUGUUUUUUUUUUGAAGGAUUCUUAGAAAUACUAGUUGUUGGUAUCUCUUUAGGUCAAAUUUGAUAUUUAAUUCGUCGAAUUAGAGUCUAACCAUUCAAUUGGACCCAAUUGGUAAAAUACCUUUUUAUGUUGAAAAAUAAAUAUCAAUUAAAAUCUUUAAUUAAAAUUCUUAAUUAAAAAAUUUAAAAUAAGGAAAGUUAAUAGGAAAAAGAGCAUAGGAGGGAAAUGAAAUUCAGAUUUUGUCCAAACAACAACUGGAUCACUCUUUUCAACAAAGCGCGAAAUCUAAUCUCCACUCAACGCGCCUCCGUCUCUUCCGCCGCAUCCGCCGCAUCCGCCACCGCCAUGACUGACACCACCACCCUCCCCACCGUUAAAACCAAGCUCUGCAUCAUCGGCAGCGGCCCCGCCGCCCACACCGCCGCUGUCUACGCCGCCCGUGCCGAACUCAAACCAAUCCUCUUCGAAGGAUGGAUGGCCAACGACAUCGCUCCGGGAGGCCAACUCACCACUACAACCGACGUCGAGAAUUUCCCCGGCUUCCCCGACGGCAUCCUCGGCGGCGAACUCAUGGAACGUUGCCGUCAACAGUCCGCGAAAUUCGGAACCGAGAUCUUCACCGAAACAGUUUCUAAGGUUGAUUUCUCUACUCGUCCUUUUAGGGUUUUCACUGAUUCACGAACCGUUGAAGCUGAUUCGGUUAUCGUCGCUACCGGAGCUGUUGCGAAACGGUUACCGUUCACCGGCUCCGGUGACGGUCCUAAUGGUUACUGGAACCGUGGGAUCUCAGCUUGUGCUGUAUGUGACGGUGCGGCUCCGAUCUUUCGUAACAAACCUUUGGCAGUGAUCGGUGGUGGAGAUUCAGCUAUGGAGGAAGCAACGUUUUUGACAAAAUACGGUUCUGAAGUUUACAUCAUUCACCGUAGGGAUACGUUUCGGGCUUCGAAGAUUAUGCAGAGUAAGGCUUUGAGUAAUGAAAAGAUUAAGGUGAUUUGGAAUUCAAUGGUGGUUGAGGCUUUUGGAGAUGGGGAGAAUAAGAAGCUUGGGGGUUUGAAGGUGGAGAAUGUGGUGACAAAAGAGGUUACUGAUUUAAAGGUUUCCGGAUUGUUCUUUGCAAUUGGGCAUGAACCGGCUACAAAGUUUUUGGAUGGUCAAUUAGAGCUUGAUUCUGAUGGGUAUGUUGUGACGAAGCCGGGUACUACGAAGACUAGUGUUGAGGGUGUUUUUGCUGCUGGGGAUGUUCAGGAUAAGAAGUAUAGACAAGCUAUUACUGCUGCUGGAUCUGGGUGCAUGGCAGCUUUGGAUGCAGAACAUUUCCUGCAAGGAGUUGGUUUACAGCAGGAUAAGAGUGAUUGACUAGCUAAAGGGUGUCCAGAACUCACAAGAUGCUUAAUUAGAAGCAACAUUUGAUUUUUAUAUAAAAAUUGGAAACAGCUCUUUAUGUACCCUGCUAGAAUCUUUAUUUGUUCGUUAUUAUUCAAAAUUUGAUUGUGGAGUUAGACUUGCAUUGUUUUAGAUGCAUUGAAGCUCACAAACAUACGUAUAUUUGUUAUGAACUUGUCAUUUAUUGGGCCAAUGAAAUGAAUCCGUUGUUGUAAUGAUUCAAGUAUAUUUGUUUCCUUGAUCA